AUGACUUAGUUACUAAUUACAGCUCUCACAGCUUCGGUUAAAAACAGAUAAGUGGCUUGAUUUGACUACUACAAUUACUCUGUUUAUGAUGGAUGUAGCCAAAGAUGAGAUAAAGGUGUGCAUGUGAGCAUGAUGUGCUACUGUAUGCCUAUCCACAUACAUUUUUAGAACGUCUUUGUUGCGACUUUUCCAGACAGGAAUUAUGUUCAUGAAGACAUUAAUCUUAAUUCAAAUCUAAAAAGUGCAACAGGUGCAUUUUAGAGCUAAUGUUAGUGUGAUUCAGAUGAGUGUGCUUCAGUAUGCCUAUUUAGCAUUCAAUCUGAGCAAGAAGACUGUUAACAGGCUAAACUGAUUAAACACAGUAAUACACAAUAACAUGAAGUAGAGAUUGAGAAACACAGGAAAGAAUUUUAAUAUUCCACGUACAACCAGUAGGCUACAAACUCGCAUGGUGCUGUAAUCUGAGAUUACUGGUCAAGCGAAGCUUCACUUUGGCCUGUUAAAAGGAUUAGAGGAAGAGUCAUCAAACUAUUCCAGCACUACAAAACCCCUUUCGACUGUCUACAGUCAGUCAUCGCUCACAAACAAACAGGCAUAUCAAACAAGCACAACAGCACUAGGAGUAUAGCUGUUGUUCCUGUAGCAGUUGACAGAUCAGGCCCGAUGGCUCUGCUCAAAUCUGGCUGGCUCUGGAGACAGUCUUCAAUCCUCAAGCGCUGGAAGUUGAACUGGUGUGACCUGUGGAUAGAUGGGAGCUUUGUUUUCUACAAAACUGAGUCCAGAAGAGACUACGAGACCAAAGUGAAUCUGAAGGCCACCUGUGUGAAUGUGAAGUCUGGACUGGAGUGUCCAAAUGUAUGUCCACCUGAGAGUCACCCCAGAGAGAAUCUGCUGGUUGUUUAUCUGAGGCGUGGUAAUAUGCUGAUCCUGUGUGCCAACAGUGAAGAUGAGGCACUGGCCUGGAAACUCACACUCAUGGAAGCGAAAAGAAAUCCUGUUUUCACAUACAAUCCCUAUGAUGAUACAUACCAAACCGUUUCAGUUGACAGUCAUAAUGCAGUGUACAUCAUGCCAAGUCCAGGUAGUGGAGGGACUCAGCAUGUCUGGGUACACAGAGACACUUGUUACGACAAUUUUGGAGAGCAGAUUGCUUUGGGCCUCCUGGCUGGAAUGGCUGCAGGUGCAGCAAUGCGUUCUCUUUUAUGGAUGCCCUUCUGGUUCUGCUGAGGACCAGUCAGACCUCCAGCAGACUGAGAGAACCGACUGGAAGCCGUCCAUAAUGCUCAGCCAUAGCAAAUGCUCCUGUUCCUGCAUAUGAAUAUGUAAAUAUGAGAAUAGCUGCAGUCUUUUUAACCUCAGUGGGCAUUAAGUGGUUAAUCAGUGUGUAAAGGAGGGAUUCUUCUUUUUUCAUUGUUUACAGUUCUUUUGAAUAUCUAUAUAAAACUAAAUAAUAAUUAUGCACAGCUAAUGACUGUUUUUUUCUUGCGGUGAUGAUUCUGCUUUGUGUAUAUUGUACAUGUAGAGCUUUGCAAACUUGCUCAGGGUUUUGUCAUUUUUUUUGUUCUUUUUCUCAAGACACAAGUUCUCCUAUCAGUAUUUAUAAAAAGUUCCAAGAUUUUUUUAACUCUAAAACACUAAACCCCAAAUUCAUUAUGUUCCAUAGCAU